AUGAUUUAUCCACUAUUAUUUCCAUGUGGAGAUGAGGGAUGGCACCCGGACUUAGAAAAAACUGAUCGAUCACGAAAUUGGACAAGAAUAUCAAUGCUUCAAUUUUACAGUUAUCGAUUGGCUAUUCGUCAGACCUUCAGUGCUAUUCAUUAUGCAGGAAAAUUAUUUCAACAAUAUAUUGUCGAUGCCUAUGUUAAAACUGAACAAAACCGCCUUGCAUUUCAUCGACAAAAUUAA